AUAUUGCCCAACCAUCGAAGAGUUAGAGACUGGGCUACGACGUAGGAAGCACGAGCAGCCCAGAGGAACUGUUAUCAUAUUUAUACCUAGACACAAUUAUAUUCACUCGAUCCAAUAUAAAGCACCUAGAUUCUUCGCAGGAAGGAACUAGACUCUACGUAGUUCCUAGCCCUAAAGAAAGAAGGUGAAGCCUAUAACAAGAAUAAAUCAAUCAAGGACGGCUGGCACUGGUGAUCUCGGAUUAAAUCCCUUUGCAUAAUCAGGUAUAAUAAAGAGAAGCCGACUCUUGGUAAUCGGAUCUGUUCGUCCUCUUCUAUUCAUCAACACAAGAUGGCAGAAUAUACUGGUCGAUCCCGUCAACACUUUCCCACCUAUCGUGGGACCUCCAAACGGACGAUUGGGCAACGUUCUAUUGGGAUGCAGCUUUUUCUAUUUUUGUCCUCUGUGGGCCACGCGGUUGAGGCAGCUAUGGUAUCCGUGCCGACAGCAGGACCUGAAGACGCAUAUCGAGUGUCGGUUGAGGACUAUGCGCAGGCUUACGAAGCAUUGAAGAAGGGACCUUCGGGGGUCAUGAAAAAGAUCAAAAUGCUGAGCAAAAACAACAUCUUGGAAGGUAUGGAACAGGAGGGGGGACGCGGGCAGGUGCAUUCCCUGUUGGCCCCGACACUGGUUCAAAAUGAAGCAGCAUCGAAAGGAGCAGAACCGGAAGGGAAAAAUGCACUUCCACCCGGAAAGUUGGGAGAGGCAGUGCGUGUGUGGCGAGAUAGUCCGGCGUUGACGAGCCUUGUGAAGGAAGGCAAAAAGUAUCUACUUUGCGCACUGAUAUAUGCCAUGAAAAAAAAAUUUUGGGACUACAUGGUGAAGCACCCUUUCGCGACGAGCAUGCCCUUCUUAAGGCUUGAGAAAAUCCAUCUUCACAGGCAUCUCUGUCCCGUUUUCAAGGGAAAAGGAGAUCCAAGAUGCUCACCGCGAUGGAUUUCUGCAAGGUCUAACCUUCCAAGUUGGCAGCGGCAUUGCUCGAGCUCAGGAGCCAGAUCGAGGUCUGGAAGGUAUUCCCGAUGGCGAUCGUCCAGGAUUCGUCCUGCCUUCGCGUUUCAAGACGCUGGAUGGCAUUCGGCUGUUCGGUUUUUGUCGGCAAGAUUUCACUGAACUCUCGACUGCGGUGGCCCAUAUUCUUCAGACAUAUGAAGAUGUGAGUGCUUCUUGUACUAGUACUCCUGCGUUUAAUCCAAUCAUAGGAGUGGUAUUCACACUCAGCUUUACAGACGGUAGAAGCUUAAAUGCUUCCGUGUCUGCUGAAGUCUAUGGUAAGUCUUACGCCAGAAUGAAAGAGCUGUACGAGGGGGAGAGUGGUCAGACUCAAACUCCUCAGGAGGACGAUGUUGACGAUGAUGAAGGGGUGGGUCGUGUGCAGCAUGAUGAGGAUAUUCCGGCGCUAAAAAAGUCAUUGGACGAGAAAAAGACUCCUGGCGAGCAUGCUGACAAGAAGCGCGCGUUGGCCAAGGUGGCGAAAGAGCGUGCAAUCGAGCCGCCUAACUCGUCUCCAAAGCUGGCAGACAGGGUACGCGAGUAUGUGCGUGACCCGUUCGUAGCGGGGCGCAUUAUGGAGUGCAAAAAGUAUCGGGCAUGGGAAUUGGCAUUAUGGCUCACGAGUUUGAUUCAACCGAUGUGGUGCAACUUUUAUUUUUUCUAGCGAAUAUUUUUAUUUAUACUCUUCUUUCGGAAAUUCCUUCGCACUCGUAGUAAAUAAUUAUAACUAAGAGUCCUCCUUAAGUGCCUUCCUUAGGGAGAUUGAUUGUCUUAAAGAGUGUCUAUUACAGAAAUAGGGGACAAAAAUGCUUCUUAAGGAGACUCUUGGAGGAGCAGCUGUUAUAAACUUAAGCCAAUAGGAGACCCCCCCGCAAGGGCCAGCGCCGCCUCGUAAUAAGCUUGCUAGCUGCUAGCCUAGCUGGCUGGCUUGCUUCCCCCUUACCCGCAGCUACCUGGCUACGCUAGCCGCAGCUAGCCUGCUAGCUGCUUAGCCAUAACUAGCCUGCUAGCUGCUUAGCCUUAGCUAGCUAGCAAGGUAGCUGCUUGGCCGUAGCUAUAUAGCUAGCUGCUUAGCCCUAGCUAGCCUGCUGGCUGCUUAGCCAUAGCUAGCUUGCUAGCUGCUGCGCCAUAGCUAGCGAGCGUACUAGGUAGCUGCCCGCCCCUAUUGGGCUAGCAAGCUAGCUACUUGGCCAUGGUAGCCAGCGUGCUAGCUGCUUGGCCAUAGCUAGCUUGUGCUUGCGACUAGCUGCUUAGCCAUAGCUAGCUUGGUAGCUGCUUCCUUUGCAGGACCUAGCUCAGCAGCUGCUUUCUUAGCCAUGGCCAGCUUGCUAGCUAGCUUGGCCAUGGCCACCCUGCUAGCUUAGCCCGGCAGCCAGGGCCAGCUUGUUAGCCUAAUCUUGGCCAGCUUGCUAGCCCCGCCUUAUCUAGCUUGCUAGCUUUGCCAUGGCCACUCCAACUCGCUUGCUUAGCCGCAGCCAGCUUGCUACCUUAGCGCAAGACAGCGACAGCCAGGCCGCUUGCUUAGCCAUGAGGGGCGCCCACGAUAGUCCACCCUGAACCAGCCUCGCGCCGCUAGCUUGGUCGCCGAGGGGCUUGCGCCGUAGUCUUAUCUGUCUAGCUGCUAACCUUUGCCCAGCUGAGCCACUCAGCCAGCUGAGCCACUCAGCCAGCUGAGCCACUCAGCCAGCUGAGCCACUCAGCCAGCUGAGCCGCUCAGAGCCAGCUUAGCCAAAGCAAGCCAGCACCACCCGCGGCUGAGCUAUACGACCAACGCAGCCAACUGAGCGGAGAGCUUAGAAGCCAUUCGGCCAGCUUAGCCGUGCCGCCACCUAAGGGCAGCCGAGCUAUCUGGGUCUUGUUCUUUCGGCGCUCUCUGCGCCACGAGAAUUCUAGACCGGCGGCGCUCUCUGCGCCGCCGUUAAGAUCUAGCAUUUAUAUGUAAAUAAUCAGUCAAAAAUCUAGUCCCUUCACGUAUUUGUACCUUGCAGUGCUCUAAUGUGGUAUCACUUGAAAAGCGUGUGGUAUCAGCGCGUGAGCGAGCACCCGUUGAUCUCUCGAGCUCCACUUGUAAUACGUGCUCCACCAACCUUUUUGCAUCCAGUUGAUGGCACACGCGGAGAGCAGGGGCUGCGUAUUCCCGGCGGCCACGCUCUUCCGAAGGGGUGUGAGCCUGACGUCUUCAGGUACACUCCUCGAGUGGCGAACGGUGGUAUAGAGGAACUAGAGCAGGCGUUGAAGCAUAUUUUUAGGACAUAUGAAGAUAUGGAGAUUGAAGUAUCAACUUUCCGCUUCCUUCCAGAGGUCACGUUUGCGCCACUGUAAGUCGUAGAACUUUGAUUAUCGACAACUGUACCAAUACCGCAUUGUUUUCAAUCGUGUCUUCCCAGUAGUUUAGUGACUACUUGAGACGCGAUGAUGAUGAUGAGGAUGAUGAUCAGCCGUAGCUCCCCAGAUGCAGCAAUGCGUAUUAAGUGUGAAGAUAGUUUUUUUGUUAACCAGUGAGUGGGUAAAUGGGCAAUUUUUACUUAUCGGAUGAAGUAUUCAAGGAUGAAGAAAACGACGUGAAGCAAGCGCAUGAUUUGACUAAAAAACUUUCACGAAGAAAGCAGACUUGUUCAGGAUUUUCUACGAUUGUCUUGCUUAUAACGAUGGAAUGUAAUUUUGAGAUAUUUUGGCGUUUUGGUGAUUGAAGAAACUGAAUCAAAAACGAAGUCGAAUGUUUCUUGUAGAAGAAGGGACUGAGCAGAGAAGAACUAGAUGAUAGAGCAUGGAAGUAGGUGUUUCUCGACGUGGUCGUAGAGAACUGGUGUAAUGAUGAAAAGCUUGCUCUUUUUGGCGUUUUG